GGAAGGGCGGAGGCAGGGGCGCGGCCGCCGCGGGCGGCCUGGCGGCCAACCCCGCCACGGGCGCCGAAGCGGCGGGCCCUGCUUCCGACGACGCCAAGCUCCCCGAACGCUUGCGCGCCAUCGGCAUCGAGCUCACGUCCGAGCAGCAGGCAGCGCCCACGCCGCAGUCCCAGCUGCAGCGAGCGCUCUGGCGGCAGGGUGACUGGCGCAAGACCUUCGAGCGGGCUGAGGCUGCGCGGGUGGCAGCGGCGGAGCAGACCCAGGAGGCCCAACGGCGGCUGCAGGAGGCCGACGACAGCCUUUUGGCCAGCAAGCUGGCGCUGGAGGAGGCCACCGCGGCGGAUGCGGCGGCGUUGCGGGCGGCCAGCCGAGCGGCGACGUCGCUGGGACCAGCCGCCUCCGCGGGUCAAAUCGGUCGCCUAGACCACGCAGGCGAUGGAGGCUACGCGCUGGAGGGCAACGCCGAGCUGCACUACGUGCCCAGCUUCCUGCAGUCGCUGCACGAGGGGGGGGGGAACCGCGCGCGCGUGGACGCCGAGACGGUUGCCUCGGGGGCGCUGGCGGCGAUGGCAG